UUCAAAGAUUCGUAGCGUUAAAUUUUGUUAAAUUUUCUUCUCACGCGCCCAUCACCCUCUUCCGUCUUUUUUUUUUUUUAUGGUUACCCUCUUCCGUCUUCCCCUUCCCUCUUGUGGCGAAAUCGUCUUCUUCUCCCACUCUCUCUCUGAUUCAAAACUCUGAAUUCUCCUCUUCUCUGAGCCAUACGAACAAUUCCCGAUAAACCUCCCGCGGCCAUAUCCGGCGCCAGCCACCGCCUCUGCAUGAACGCCACCUCAUCUCCAUCAAAGCCUUGACGUCCUCGGAUUCUCUUCCUCUCCCUCCCUCCCUCCCGUUCUCUUUUUCUACUCUCCUUUGCCCGCUGCUGCUUCCUUCUUUCUCUUCCAAUGGCGGUGCUCGACACCCCCGACAACAAUCACAUAAACCCCGCCGCCGCCGCCUCUUCCGAUCUCAACGGCCUUCGACACCGGCCGCCCGCCGACGAACCUGCUUCUUCUUCCGCCGCCGUGAAUCCCCCUGGGCCACCGACCGAUUCCGGAGCUGAGAAGGUGAUUGACGGUCGGGACGGUCAAGUUGCUAGAUCGGAUAUCAAAUUCACGUACCGCCCUUCCAGGCCGGCUCACGUUGUGGUUAAGGAGAGCCCCCUUAGUUCCGGCGCCAUUUUUAAGCAGAGCCAUGCAGGCCUAUUCAACCUCUGUAUUGUAGUGCUGGUUGCAGUCAACAGCAGGCUCAUUAUCGAGAAUCUCAUGAAGUAUGGUUGGUUGAUUAGGACAGGAUUCUGGUUUAGUUCGAAAUCCUUGAGAGAUUGGCCCCUUUUCAUGUGCUGUCUGUCCCUUCCUCUGUUCGCUUUUGCUGCAUAUCUAGUUGAAAAGUUUGCGUAUCGCAAGUAUCUUUCUGAACCAAUAGUUGUUUCCCUUCAUAUACUCAUCUCUGUGGCAGCAGUUGUGUACCCUGUUUCAGUGAUUCUCAGCUGUGACUCUGCAUUUUUAUCUGGUGUGACAUUGAUGCUUUUUGCUUGCAUUGUAUGGUUGAAAUUGGUCUCAUAUGCUCAUACGAACUAUGAUAUGAGGGCAGUUGCCAAGUCAUUUGAAAAGGGAGAAGCUCCUUCUGCUGCUCUCAAUGUGGACUAUUCUUAUGAUGUUAACUUCAACAGCUUGGUAUAUUUCAUGAUUGCUCCUACAUUAUGUUAUCAGCCAAGCUAUCCUCGCACACCAUCUAUCCGAAAAGGUUGGGUGGUUCGCCAGUUCAUCAAGUUGGUGAUAUUUACUGGUUUAAUGGGAUUUAUAAUUGAACAGGCGAGUAGAAGCUCAUACAUUAAUCCUAUUAUCCAGAACUCACAGCAUCCUUUUAAAGGGAAUCUCUUGUAUGGAAUUGAGAGGGUUUUGAAGCUUUCAGUCCCAAACUUGUAUGUGUGGCUGUGCAUGUUCUACUGCUUCUUUCAUUUGUGGUUAAACAUACUUGCAGAGCUCUUGCGUUUUGGUGACCGAGAAUUCUAUAAAGAUUGGUGGAAUGCGAAAACUGUUGAAGAGUACUGGAGAAUGUGGAAUAUGCCAGUUCACAAGUGGAUGGUUCGCCAUAUCUAUUUUCCUUGCCUGCGGCACAAAAUCCCCAAGGGAGUAGCAAUAUUUAUUGCGUUCUUUGUUUCCGCUGCAUUUCAUGAGCUGUGCAUUGCUGUUCCUUGCCACAUCUUCAAGCUCUGGGCGUUUCUUGGAAUUAUGUUCCAGAUCCCACUUGUCUGGCUUACAAAUGUUCUUCAGGAGAAGUUCAAGAGCUCAAUGGUGGGGAACAUGAUCUUUUGGUCAAUGUUCUGCAUAUUUGGCCAACCAAUGUGUGUGCUUCUCUACUACCACGACCUGAUGAACAGGAACGGGAAAGAUGGAAUCUGAAGGGGGAACACUUGGAGCACAUGGUGUGCUCUAUUUCACAAUCUACAGAACAGUUCCACUUGAUUGACUGUUGUUGCUGCCUCGCACCGGGAAAUUAUAUAUACGCUCUUUCAAGAUGAAGAUGUGAUCAUCAGAGAAGUAAAAUCGUCAUUCGUCGGGCACUCUCUCAAACACUGUAUAUCACGGGGAUCCCUUUCGAGACGCUGGGGAACGCAAAGGCAGUUUUGAAACCCAGCAGAGAGCAGAGGCACAUAUAAAGCUAACAACAAGGUGUCUGGCCGUCAUGAUUAGGAUGAAAAGCCAAAGUAGAGCAGGAGAUGGAUGUGGAUUAGUGGUUUAGCAAAAGCUGGGGAAUUUGUAAAUCGAAAGGCUAUCAAAAUGUGUGUUGAUGCUCUGAUCCUCUCAUAGAAUGUUGCUGCAAUGUUGUGGUCCCUUGGCUAAAUACAAAGAAGAAAAUCAAUGGAAGCAUGAUGUGAUGAUGGUCUAGAUAAAAUUGGAGCACAGGUCAAAGCACGGGCAUUACCUGUUUUAGGCAAAUGAUUGUAAAAUC